AGUCGUAGAAACCGGACACGAACUCCGUCAAUGCCAGUCACAACAAAUGUCUAUGUGGCAGUCCUCGAUUGCCUCCUUUGUGGAGAUUCGUCCGUCCUUAGGUUGAGCUGGCAGAGAUGGUUAACGUGUUUCAGCCCUUUUCUGAGCUAGUCGAAAUCGUGGGUGUAUAUGUCGUGAGACAGCUCGUAGGGUUUACAUUUGCAGGUCCACCUUUGACUAUAUAUCUAGGGCAUUUAGAGCGGUUAAUGAAGUGAAAUGAUAUGCCCCUAAAUUAAGGGAUUGUUUGAAAAAAGAAAGGCCUAGGGGAGCACAUUUACAGAGCUGAUUAGACUGUCAUCAUGAAUUUUGGGAAGCUGGAUGACUCGCCUAUGUUUCGGAAACAGCACCCUAUACAAGAUAAAUAGGAAAAUGCAACUUCUUGAUACUGGGAACAUGGGAUUCACGUCCUCACACCAGAUCCUAACUGUGCCAACUUCCAUAGACAUGCUCACCACUUCCGCGUCUGAAGGCCCUGCAUCCUGCUCCACUGUCUAAAAAUGCAAGCAGUAGCAGAAGGUGGCUCAAUUGCAUAGACAAACAGGCUUGCUGGGGCAUGAUCCUGAUCACCCGUACUCUUAUGUACAAGCAUCAGAAGAAAAUGCAGAAGCAUUACGGGAGCGUUGCCAGAAAUUUUACAAAGGAUGUCGGAAAUAUACAGUCAUAUGGAUGUGCCUAUGAGGAGGAUCUUGUGAUGCAGGUUGUGGCUUCUUUUGUAAAUGUAUCAUUCCUACAAAUUUCUCUGUUGCGAAGGACUUGGAGAAGCAUAUGAUGGAGACAUUGCUUUUGCAAGUUCUUUAGAAACAUUUGGAGGGGGACAUGAUGACCCUAUUAGCAUAGCUGUUGGAGGACCUGUGAUGACAAAAUUCACUAUUGCUUUGCGUGAAAUAGGAACAUACAAAGAAGUGCUUCGAUCUCAGGUGGAGCACAUGUUAAAUGACAGGCUGGCAAAUUUCGUGAAUAGUGAUUUACAAGAUGUAAAGGAGGUCCGGAAGCGUUUUGAUAAAGCUACACUGCACUAUGAUCAGGUCCGCGAAAAGUUUAUGUCAUUGAAGAAAAGUACUAGAAUAGACAUUGUUACAGAAACAGAAGAGGAUUUGCAUAAUGCAAGGUCAGCAUUUGAGCAAGCUCGCUUCAAUCUAGUGACUGCUCUCUCAAAUAUUGAAGCUAAAAAAAAGUUUGAGUUCUUGGAAGCUGUGAGUGGAACCAUGGAUGCCCACCUGCGCUACUUUAAACAGGGAUAUGAAUUACUGCAUCAAAUGGAACCGUACAUCCACCAGGUUUUAACAUAUGCACAGCAGUCGAGGGAAAGAACAAACUAUGAGCAAUCUGCUCUUGCAGAAAGGAUGGAGGAGUUUAGGAAGCAGAUAGAACUAGAAAACCAGCGCUCUUUUAAUGAUAUUGACACUUCUCCUUCUGGGGAUGGUAUCCAAGCUGUUGGCAGGAGUUCUCAUAAAAUGAUUGAAGCAGUUAUGCAAUCCACCAUGAAAGGAAAGGUUCAAACAAUCAAGCAAGGUUACUUGUUAAAGCGGUCUUCAAAUUUGAGGGGUGAUUGGAAGAGAAGGUUUUUCGUCCUUGAUAGUCGUGGAAUGUUGUAUUAUUACCGCAAACAAUGGAGCAAGCCAGCAGGACCUGGAAACCAGCAAUCUAUUCAGAGGGCGCCCUCCUCAUCUGAACAUGUUGCUGGUUUGAUAGGCCGGUUGCUCUCUUCCGGUCAUAAUAUACCACAGGAGGAGAAGAGUGUGACACAUCAUACUGUAAAUCUUCUUACAUCUACCAUAAAGGUGGAUGCAGAGCAGACAGAUUUACGAUUCUGUUUUAGGAUAAUUUCUCCAACAAAGAAUUACACCUUACAGGCAGAGAAUGCUGUAGAUCGAAUGGAUUGGAUUGACAAAAUUACUGCAGUAAUUGCCUCACUAUUGAAUUCUCAGUUGCCAGAACAGGUGGGUUAUAGCCAGAGGGUUUCUCGUAUUCCAAGAGUUAGUGGACACCAAGGCAAAAUUAGUGAUACAAAUUCAUGGAGUAGCUCUUCUGAUUUGGAGCAAUCAACGGCUAAUGAGUAUGCAUCCGUGAGGAGUUAUGUUCCAUCCUGUCAGGAUACUCAUAGAGGUAUGCAGGGGCAUGUGGCAGCUGAACAGCAAGAGAGGCCCCUUGAUACACUGAGAAAAGUUCCUGGAAAUGAUGUAUGUGCAGACUGUGGUUGCCAUGAUCCAGACUGGGCUUCAUUAAAUCUAGGCAUCUUACUAUGCAUUGAAUGCUCUGGUGUUCACAGAAACCUUGGUGUUCAUAUUUCAAAGGUUAGAUCUUUGACACUGGACGUAAGGGUUUGGGAACUUUCUGUUAUCAGUUUGUUCCAGUCACUUGGUAAUAUGUAUGCCAAUUCAAUAUGGGAGGAACUUCUAGAAACUGGAAAGCAUAAUGGUGAUGCCCAUAACAGACUGGAUAACCAUCAACAAAUGGCAGAUAUCAUGUCUAUCAACAAACCGAAGCCUAGGGAUGCUCUUUCAAUUAAGGAGAAGUUUAUCCAGGCAAAGUAUGCUGAAAAGCAAUUAGUAUCAAAGGAAAGGUCUGAUCUGGAGCUACCAUCAGUGGAUUUUCGAAUGUGGGAAGCAGUUCAAAGAAAUGACAAGCAGAUGGCUUACUGUCUUCUUAUCAUGUCUGAUGCAAAUAUUGCUACAAAUUACGAGCAGGCUAAGUCAGGGAUCAAGGGGAAUUCUGUUGAUCAUGAUAUAUCUGAAAGUAGCUGUAGGGAAAGCAUGCAACACUCAGAUUCAGGAACAUCAAGCCCAAGCAUAGAAACACACACGGAUGAUUACAUUGAAUUAGAGGGUGGCUUGAAAGGAUGCUCAUUACUGCAUCUGGCAUGCCAUACUGGUGAUCUGGCUAUGUUAGAGUUAUUAUUACAGUACGGUGCAGAUGUCAACGCACAAGAUUAUUAUGGGAGAACUCCUCUACAUCAUUGUAUUUCCAAAGGGAAUAAUCAAUAUGCAAAGCUGCUGAUUAGAAGGGGAGCAAGUGCUAUGAUAGCUGAUGGGAGAGGCAAAACUCCUUUACAGAGAGCAAUGGAGAUGGGUGCCAUUCCAGAUGAUGAACUCUUUCUCCUACUAUCUGAACAUAACUGAUAAUACAUUCUAGAUAUCAUUACUUAGACAAGAAUACUCAUUUAUCUAUUUAUUUGAGUUCUGGCAUGAGAACAUUUUGUAUUAUAGAUCCCUUCUUUCUGACGGGUACUGGUCAACCUAAAAUUUCAUAUUCAAAAUAAGUAGUUGUAUUAAGUAUCCGGUGUCAAACGUCACAUGGAUGCUUAAGAAUUUGUUGCAACACUUAUAAUGUAAAAUAUGUUGGGAUUUAAAUUAUUAGAGCCCACAUCCAUGUAUUAUUAAUGCCUUAAGAUAUUCUUUUUGAAUGGAA